AUGGACGUUAUGGAUCAACUGAUCUGUACAGAACUUCGUAAGGGUCCAGCUGGAGCUCCUAUGGCUCAAUUGACGGUCUUUGGGUGGACUCUUUUUGGAAGCGUGAAUAGAUCUGAGCCUGAUAUGCCACGCUUACAGUCGUUACAUUGCGAUGUUCAUUUGGAUCGAGCAUUGAACAAGUUAUGGGAGUUAGAGGAAGCUCCGCAAAAAACGUAUCUUACGCAUGAGGAGCGUUACUGUGAAGACCAUUUUGAAACAACGCAUCGAAGGGAACCUAACGGACUGUUUGUCGUCGAAUUGCCGCUGAAGCCCGAUGUAGCUCUGGGAGAGUCGCGAAACUUUGCUAUCCGGAAUUUGUUACGACUUGAAAGAAGACUCGCUUGUGACUCCGAUCUUCGUUUACGCUACAAUGAAUUCAUGAAUGAACUCAUUGACAUGAAACAUAUGCAGGUCACGUCAGAGACUAUGAAUCCAACGUAUUAUAUGCCUCAUCAUCCAGUUUUAAAGGAAAGUAGUACCACGACCAAAUUGAGGGUUGUAUUUAACGCGUCCACAAAAUCGGCUUCCGGAAAUUCGUGGAAUGACGCAUUAUCUAUAGGACCUCAAUUACAGGAAGAUUUAUACUCCAUCUUACUUCGCUUUAGAACACACCGCUAUGCUGUAACGGCAGAUGUCGCCAAAAUGUAUCGUCAAAUCUGCGUAUCCUUAAAACACGCCGAUUUGCAACGCAUCGUAUGGCGUAGCCACCCAUCCCUGCCUAUCCAAGAUUUUCGCAUGGUUCGCGUAACGUACGGAGUGGCAGCUGCGUCUCAUCUAGCUGUCCGAUCACUUCAACAGACGGCAAGAGAUUCGUCGAAUGGUUGUGCUAGGGCUAUUAGUGUUAUUCUCAAGGAUUUUUACAUGGAUGAUCCACUUACUGGUGCAUCUAGUAAAGAAGAACUUCGAUUAUUGCAACAAAAUAUUUCCGAAAUAUUGAGGGAAGGGGGGUUUGAACUUCGUAAGUGGGCAUCGAACUGCGCUGAACUAAUCGCAAGCAUUUCCAAUGCAUCUACGAACAUAUCACAUUAUAUUGUCGACGAUAAGGACGUUCACGCUUUAGGUCUUAUCUGGAACACAGAAGGAGACUACCUCACGUUUACUAUUAACUUGAGGGAACCGCCAGUUAAGUUGACCAAGCGCAUGUUUCUAUCAGAUGCAAGUACGCUCUUCGAUCCUUUGGGCCUACUUGCUCCCGCUACUAUAAAUUCAAAAAUUUGGUUUCAAGACAUAUGGCGCACUAAGGUAGGUUGGGAUGAUAUCAUUCCUGAGUCUAUCGCAACGAAGUGGUUGGCGCAUCGCAUAGAACUCGAGCAAUUGGCACAUUUGAAGGUGAACCGUUGGUUUGGUACUGAAGUAGCUGGGUCAUUUACGCAAUUGCACGUAUUCGCAGAUGCGUCCAAGCGUGCUUACGCCGCCGUUUUGUAUGCAGAACAACACAAAGCGACGGUAGCAUUACUGUGUCAUUAA